UCUCACAUGCUUCAUCCAAUAGCUCCGUCAUUUUGCUCCACUUUUGGAAUACACUUCUUACAGCUCUAACCCAAUCACUUACGGCUCAAACAUGGUUGCCACUCCUCUUCAUAACAUGAAAAUAGCAAGUCGCGCCGUUCUUCUCUACCAGGUGCUCGACAAGAAGGGCGUAUUAGAAACUUUCUCGGAACUUAAGCAUCAUUCUCCUGGAAAUGAAAUUGUCAGAUUUUCAGACGCAGAGUUCUGGAUUUCGCGAUUCGAGAGCGGAAACCACGAUUUGAAUUAUGAUAAGAGAUUGGAACCGCUAUCUGCAAUUUGCUCUCCUAUACAGAUUCUUCGAAAAACUGCACUACGGCUACGCAAUGUUUUUCGACCCCGUAAAGUAAUCCACAUCUCCGACAGCCAGGUCGCAAUGCGAGCUUGCAUACUUUUUGACGCCCUAAACGAGAUACCAAUAUUCGAAUCGUAUCGUAAAUUCUGUAGACUUGUUUCCAACUCCAUGGAAUACCGCGAUUACGAGUUUUGGUACUACCUGUUCUACCAUGGAAAUAAGGAAUUGCAUUAUGUUCAAAGUGAGGAGCCACCGCAAACUUCUUUUGUCGACUUACCGAUACAGAUCGUCAGCGAUAUUUUGGAUGGGUUAACUGUACUGGAUCGAAUGAUAGUCCGAAGAGUCUCCCGCAAGCUUGAAGCUCUUGUUGAUAAAAAUCACCACAGUAUCAAGAGUGUUGCUGCCCAUUCGCUUCACGAUGAAUCCGAAUGCAAACUGGUCAUUGAUGGUGAUUUGGUGGAAUACUACAAUUCUCCAGAGGGAUGCAAGAUAAGGAAAGAUUGUAGAAUGAAUGGAAUACUCAUUGGUAGUGGUGACUGUUUGGAACUUGUCAUGGCAGAUUUAAAAGCAAUUCUCCAAAAUCCGAAGCUCAAAUUGAGAAUGUUUAAUAUGAAUAUGAGAUGUGAUAUUAAGAGUGAGGAAUAUCGCGUCGAGUAUGGCACAAGACUCAAGAAGGUUCUGAAAUUGUUGCCUCAUUUGUUGGAUGUGAAGAAGUUGAAACUUGAUAGCAACUUCUUGAGGGAUAAGGAAAACAAUUACGAACUUGCGUCAGUGCUUUCUCAUUUCAAACCUGGAACGCUUGAACAUAUGAUCUUGGGGUUCCAUCGCGAGUCGGAUAUUCCCGGGUUCGAAAAAGCUGUCCGUUUGGAACAAUGGUUACAGGUUAAAAACAUUAAAAUGUAUUGGAAGGUCGAUGGGCGGAUCCCUCUUGAGCAUUUUCUUCACUUUACGAGUGUCAAUCUGGAAAUUUGGAACGGUUCAAGAAGAAAUGUUAUUGAUAUUCGAAACAUUCUCAUAGAAUCUCCACACUUUCGAUACGGCAGAUUCAAGUUCUCUCCAAUCACAAUCAGAGGUCUUGAGCAGAUGUUUGACCCAAACUUGGACAGGCUUCCACUCGACUGCCGUAUUAAUUACCGCACUAGGCACCGUGUUUUUGUGAUUAAUUUUGCUUAUCACAGUGAAAUUCUCAUUUUUCCUAACUUUACUGCAUGAUUUCAGUUGUUGUCUAAUCUCCUUGUUCGCAAU